AUGACUUCCGUCACAAUCGUCGCUUGCGAACCUGGUCUGCAAAAAGCAGGCCGCUGCUUUGCCGGGUGCAGGCUGCAGUGCUGCGAAGCUGGACAACGGAUCGCGCGAGGCAGAAGCUCUAUCGGAUCGGAGGAGCACCGCUGCUGGCCCUGGUUCGAUGCAGGCAACAGCAACGCCAGCAAAGGGGUUGGAGGUGGAGCCGGACAAGGUUCAUGCUCAUGGAUCACCUCGAGCAUUGACGACAACAAGUGCUUUAUCCAGCAGCUUUCCCACGCCAAGGGGGACCUCGGCAAGCAGAUUCUAGAUGUCAACGACCAGUGGCAGCAGUGCUGGACUGCUUCCGCCGACUUACCUUCCGAGGUUGUGAAAAGCCUCGUGACCAUUUUGUGCAAGAUUCCGCCUUCGGCUUCACCAGCACCACCUCCUCCAGCAAGAGCAUGUCAGGCGACGAUGCAGUUGUUUCUGCGGGAAGAAAAGAAAGGUUCACCGGAAAGGGCCGUGGCUGCCGUCGAGGUGGUCCUCAACGCCAUCGGAAGGCUGCUGACCUUAGAAUGGGAUGCCUCCGUUGACGAGGUCCGGGAGUCGCUGCAAAAAGUUCUGGAAGACGCACGUGGAUGCCUGCAGAUCCGCCAGGACCACGAGGACGAGGAAGCUGCAAAGAGGAUCACCCUGCUGUCGGACGAGCUGAAGAAGCCUUCGUGCAUCAAAGUCAAGCCGACCAUGGGAAGCGAGGACGAGGACCGUGCUGUGAAUGAGCUCAACAACAGCACCAUGGAAAGCAACCGACAGUAUUUCAACGUGAGGAUCGACCAAGGAGCCAAGGGCAAAGGCAAGGAUGGCAAAGAUGGCGUAGCCGGGUACUACAACGACCACUUCAUGGGCUACGACAAGGGCCAUGGUAAGGGCGGGUAUGGCAAGGAAAAGGGCAAGGAAGGAGGCAAGGGCACGGACUACUACGCCCGGGACGACCACUUCAUGGGCUACGACAAGGGCCAUGGUAAGGGCGGGUAUGGCAAGGAAAAGGGCAAGGAAGGAGGCAAGGGCACGGACUACUACGCCCGGGAUGACCACUUCAUGGGCUACGACAAGGGCCAUGGUAAGGGCGGGUAUGGCAAGGAAAAGGGCAAGGGAGGAGGCAAGGGCAUGGACUACUACGCCCGGGACGACCACUUCAUGGGCUACGACAAGGGCCAUGGUAAGGGCGGGUAUGGCAAGGAAAAGGGCAAGGAAGGAGGCAAGGGCACGGACUACUACUCCCGGGACGACCACUUCAUGGGCUACGACAAGGGCCAUGGUAAGGGCGGGUAUGGCAAGGAAAAGGGCAAGGAAGGAGGUCAUCCCUGUUUGCCCAACCUGCUGCAGAAGAGGCGUUCUGCGAGCUCAAGCAGCCUUCAGGACGGCUGCGGCCCGUUGACUUGGGACGUCGGGGAGGAUGAUCGCUGUGGGGGCAUGGCAGCUUUCAGCCGGGGUAGCAUCUUCGGUGCUGGCCCGGGUGGUGCCGGCAGCAGCGCCAGUGGUGGCGGGUACUUUGGAAAUGGCUCAGGUGCCGCCAGCGCUGUGAGUAGCGGCGAGGAAGCGGUUCGCUUGUGGAGCCGCACGCCCUCGCCACGGUCUCCUCCCCAGGGCUUGAUGGAGGAUGAUCAGCUUCAAGCCGCCAUAGAUGCGGUCAUCCGAGAAGUCGACGGCGAACUGGCCCAAGCGUGA